UUUUGUUUUUUUCUUUCGCCUCAUUUGCAAAUACCGUUAACAUUUAGCUUUAACUACUAAUAACAUGAAAGAUUCAUUGAAAAUGCCUUAACAACAUCCGUCGGUAAUUUAUACUUAGUGAUAGCAAGUGAAAAGAAAAAUAAAAAAUAAGAAAAGUAAAAAAUUAAUGAAAAAAAAUAAUAUUGAAAGAAAAUGCAAAAGCGUUUAAGAAAGAGUGCAAUCAUUUAAUUACUUUAUUCCAAGAUUUAUGCAAUUUUUGAAAAAAAUCCUUAACAAAAUGGAUAUGACGAGUGCCAAUUCGUUGAAUAUGCGACCAUUUUUUGCUGGAUAUCCGUUUCAGGGCCAAGGUCGUGUUAACCAAUUGGGUGGUGUUUUUAUUAACGGUCGUCCUUUACCGAAUCAUAUACGUUCAGAAAUUGUAAAAAUGGCCAGCAAUGGUAUACGGCCUUGCGUGAUAUCACGAAAAUUGCGCGUCUCGCAUGGCUGCGUAUCGAAAAUUUUGAAUCGUUAUCAAGAGACUGGUUCAAUACGUCCGGGUGUUAUAGGCGGCUCAAAACCGAAAGUAACUUCGCCAGAAAUUGAAACACGCAUUAAACAAAUGUAUAAAGAAAAUCCCGGUUUAUUUAGUUGGGAAAUACGAGAGAGAUUAAUUAAGGAAGGUUUCGCGGAACCACCUUCAACAUCAUCAAUAAGUCGAUUAAUACGAGGCAGCUGUGAAGACGGACGCAAAGAUUACAGCAUACAUGGCAUUUUAGGUGCCCGUGAUUCGGAUAUGAGUGAUACGGAAUCAGAACCGGGCCUACCGCUGAAACGUAAGCAACGUAGAUCUCGUACCACUUUUACUGCCGAUCAAUUGGAGGCUUUAGAACGUGCAUUUGCCCGCACCCAAUAUCCUGAUGUCUUUACGCGAGAGGAAUUGGCGCAAAGUACACAACUGACCGAGGCCCGCAUACAGGUGUGGUUUAGCAAUCGUCGAGCUCGUCUGCGUAAACAUUCUGGAGGUGGAGGCAUGAGUGCAACCGUUAAUGUUUCGGGUAUAAGCUCGGCCACAACUUCGGCUGGGGGUCCAGCGGGAACUGGUGCCUUGGGAUUUGGCUCUUUGACGAUGGGUCCGAUGGGUUACAGUCCGGCAGCGGGUACCACUGCUUCUAGUACAGUUAUAAACGAUCAGCACAGCGUGCACGCAGCAGCCGCUGCAGCUGCGGCGGCUGUCCAUCAUCCUGCCCAUCAUCAUCACCAUCAUCACCAUCAUCCGCAUCACUCACAAAUGGGCAGCUAUGAUUUAAUGGCGGCUCAAUCAGCUCAUCCAAGUUUUCCUAGUAGUUUUCACAAUUCACAUUUCAGUAGUCAAAAUUACUAUCAUCAAGACUAUUCGAAACUUUCAAUUGACGAUUUCUCAAAAUUGACUGCCGAAAGUGUUUCAAAAAUCUCACCUUCCUUACAUCUCAGUGAUAAUUAUGCCAAAUUGGAUGCAACAACAAAUUGGUCUCAAGCUGCUGCUUAUCAAACGGCGGCAGCAGCAGCUAAUUAUAAUGCAGCAGCAGUUGCUCAUCACGCUCAUCACAGUACCAGCGCUUCCACUCAACAUCCUUUAAAUGAGUACGCCAGCGGGACAGCAGUGACACAUAAUAAUCAAUUAAGUACGACGUCUGUAGCAGCAGCAGCUGCCUAUCAACACCCGCUGUCUGCUCAAGCUGAUACCAAGUACUGGUCUUGAGGAUACCCUUAAAAAAGUUUGCAGAAUUUUUUUUCCAACUGUUCAAUGUCUCAUAAUACUAUCGCAUGUGGAAAUAUAAAGAUUACAAAUCUGCUCUCAAAGUGCUGAAGAAACGUAAGUGAUCGCAGUAUAUAUGAUAUGAAAGUGCGGAUUACUCCCAAACACGUUACAUUCAUAAAAGAAUUUUUUAAGCCAAAUCCUGUUCAAAUAAUUUCAAAAAAUUUCUUCUGUAACAAAUGAGAUCCGCUGCAGCAGAACGCGGCUCACCAUUAAGAAUCCUACAUCACUUCUUUUGAUAAAGUUAUUUUUAUUCCGAUUUUGGCAAUGCUCGAGAAAGUGUUCGGAUCCGAAUCGAAUUUUACUAGCAUUCGUCUUUGGACCAAAACAUGUCGGUAUGACAAUUUUCGUCAUAACAUUUCAAAAACUACGAUCGGUAGGCUGAAUACGAGAAAGCAAGACGGACAGGCGGACGGCCAGACAAGCUCGGAAUCAUUUUGCGAAUCGAUCGAUAUAAUAAAGAAUAGGUUUUUGUCAAGCCCUUCUGGGUGUUGCGUACAUCCGCACAAGCUUAAUAUACCGUUUUAUCACAACUGAUGUAGUGGCAGCCGUCUACUAAACAUAUAUGGACACAAGUUCGCCUUA